AGCUGACAUGUAGAUACCGCGUAUUCUGUGAGGUCUCUACACAGUACGAGCCAUCAACGAAAUUGCUGGCCCAACCAGGAUGCGCAGAGAGUGAUAAAUAUUGAUUAUUUCGGUCUCUGUGCGCAGCGCGGAGGGGAACUUCAGUAGCCUUGAUGAGGACAGCUCCCCUCCGGUCGAUGCUUUGAAGAAAGGGGAGAGCCGAAGUUAGCGCAUCACAAGUCAAGUCUGCAGUAGGCCUAGCAUAAUUAUCAAACGUGCACAGUGGGGAGUGUGGGUGGGUAGGUGUGUGUGUGUGGCACGGGUUUUUCCCAGUAUAGUUGCAUGCCGAAUAUUGUGUAAGCUACCAAGUGCAUCGACGAGCGAUGGCGGAAUGUGGAAUUAAGGCGCUGUCUGUCCUGGAGGCGGCCCGCUCACGCUACGAGAGCUUGCAGAUUUCAGAUGAUGUUUUUGGGGAAUCGGGAGAUGACAGUAGCGACAAUCCCUUUUACAGCACUUCGGGUGACUCGAAUUCGGAUAACUGUUGCUUGGAGGCCGGGGAUGAUCAAAGGGCAGGUGAGACUGGGAAUUGUCAAAACGGAGGUCCACCCGGGUCUAUCUCAAAGACUCAAGCAGAGGAGGAUGGAUGGAGCGACACACUGCAAGAUAUCACGGUGGCCCCCUACAACGACACAUAUGGCCCUAUCCAGAGAAUGCCAGCCACAGCCACUUGCAUGGACUUCUUCCAGCUCUUUGUGCCCGACAACGCCAUCCAAAACAUGGUGACGCAGACCAACAUGUAUGCCAAGAAGUACCAGGAGCGCUUCGGCAGCGACGAGGGCUGGCGGAACGUGACGGCGGCCGAGAUGAAGGCCUUCCUGGGCUUCGUGACUUCCACCAGCGUUCACCGCUGUGAGUCAGUGCUCAGCAUCUGGAGCAGCGGCUUCUUCAGCAAUCGCAGCAUUGCACUCAAGAUGAGCCAGGCGCGCUUCGAGAAGAUCCUCAAGUACUUCCAUAUCGUGGCCUUCCGCUCCAGCCACGGCAGCCAUGGCCUCUACAAGAUCCAGCCCUUCCUGGACUCACUGCAGCAGUCGUUCGGCUGCAGCACCUUCCGCCCCUCUCAGACUCAGGUGCUCCAUGAGCCUCUGAUUGAUGAGGACCCAGUGUUCAUCACCACCUGUACGGAGAGAGAGCUGAGGAAGAGGAGGAAGAGGAAAUUCAGUCUGUGGGUCCGCCAAUGCACAUCUACUGGCUUCAUCUGUCAGAUCUAUGUGCAUCUAAAGGAGGGCCAGGGUCCUGAUGGGUUGGCCACCCUGAAGAUCAAGCCUCAGCUCCACAGUAUGGUGGCCAAACAGCUGUGUCAGAACCUCUCAGGCCGCAACAGCAUCAUCUUCACCGGACCCAGCAUCACCAGCCUCAACCUGUUCCAGGAGUUUGAGAAACAGGAGAUCUACUGCUGUGGGCUGCUGAGCACCAGGAAGAGUGACUGCACCGGCCUGCCCCAGUGCAUGCUGGUGAACCCUGAGAGCCCCCAGCAGAGGGGCCAGUCCCACAGCAUGAUGAGAGGUAACACCUCUCUCAUCAGCUGGUACAACAAGGGACACUUCCGCUUCCUUACCAACGCCUACUCACCCACCAAGAAAGGGGUGAUCAUCAAAAGGAAAAGUGGUGAGAUUCCCUGUCCGCUGGCUGUGGAGGCCUUCGCUGCACACCUCAGUUACAUCUGCAAGUAUGACGACAAGUACAGCAAGUAUUUCAUCUUCCACAAGCCAAACAAAACGUGGCAGCAGGUGUUCUGGCUGACCAUCAGCAUCGCCAUUAACAACGCAUAUAUCAUGUACAAGAUGUCCGAUGCCUACCAGAUCAAGCGCUACAGCCGAGCGCAGUUUGGAGAGAGACUGGUGAGGGAGCUACUGGACUUAGACGACUGCUCUCCUACCCAGUGAGGCGACCACAUAAUCUUUGUAAUAUACGCACACACACACUGUGUACACACACUGUCACACGUACCCACAAACACACACUGUUCAUCACAUGCAAAACACUAACACACACUAACCAAAACACUAAUAGAUUUGUUCUUUACAAGUGUAGACACUGGGAUAGGUAAUUCCUUAAAUGAAACAAUACUUUAACAGUGCCAAGUCUGGGUUAAAUGGGUUGGGGGACCAAACCUCCAGGUUUGGAGAGCAGGUCUAUAGUUUAGUCGGAACGGUCUAUAGAUUAAAGUUUCUUUACUGAGGCACAAAGCAGAGCCAUUGUACAGUACACAUGUCUCUAUUGUUAUUGUCACAGGCUGCAUGACAAAAACGCAGUUGGAUAAUGUACUGUUCAAUGUGCAGAUUUCUUUAAAAAAAAUCUGGUUAAAUAUUGUUUCCAUGUAGAGCAAUAUCACUCUGUAAUGUAAAUCUAUGAUUCUAUUCGACCACCUAUGGAGCAACAUCGGGUGUGUUCUCUCCAAGAUAGACCUGAACCACUAAGAAGAAAUACUGUAUGUGUGUAUGUCGGUAGGUAUGUAUGUAUUACAAUACCAGUCAAAAGUUUGGACGCACCUACACAUUCAUGGGUUUUUCUUUAUUUGUACAAUUUUCUAAUAAUAAUAGUGAAGACAUCAAAACUAUGAAAUAACACAUAUGGAAUCACGUAUUAACCCCCCAAAAAUAUCAAAAUAUAUUUUAGAUUAUUCAAGGUAGCCACUCUUUGCCUUGAUGACAGCUUUGUAUACUCAAUUGCAUUCUCUCAGCCAGCUUCACCUGAAAUGCUUUUCCAACAGUCUUGAAGGCGUUCCCACAUAUGCUGAGUACUUGUUGGCUGCUUUUCUUUCACUCUACGGUCCAACUCAUCCCAAACCAUCUCAAUUGGGUUGAGGUCAGGUGAUUGUGGAGGCCAGGUCAUCUGAUGCAUUACUCCAUCACUCUCCUUUUUGGUCUAAUAGCCCUUACACAGCCUGGAGGUGUGUUGGGUCAUUGUCCUGUUGAAAAACAAAUGAUAGUCCCACUAAGCGCAAACCAGAUGGGAUGGUGUAUUGCUGCAGAAUGCUGUGGUAGCCAUGCUGGUUAAGUGUGCCUAGAAUUCUAAAUAAAUCACUGACACCAGCUCCUCCAUGCUUCACGGUGGGAACCUACUCUGUGUUUCACAAAGACACGGCGGUUGGAUCCAAAAACAAUUUCCACUAAUAUCCUUUGCUCAUGUUCCUUGGCCCAAACAAGUAUCUUCUUAUUAUUGGUGUCCUUUAGUAGUGGUUUCUUUGCAACAAAUUGACCAUGAAGGCCUGAUUCACACAAUCUCCUCUGAACAGUUGAUGUUGAGCUGUGUCUGUUACUUGAAUUUAUUUGGGCUGCAAUUUCUGGGCUAGUAACUCCAAUGAACUUGUCCUCUGCAGCAGAGGUAACUCUGGGUCUUCCUUUCCUGUGGCUGUCCUCAUGAGACCCAGUUUCAUCUUAGCUCUUGAUCGUUUUUAUGACUGCACUUGAAGAAACAUUGAGAGAUUUUCUGUAUUGACUGACCUUCAUGACUUAAAGUAAUGAAUGACUGUCAUUUCUCUUUGCUUAUUUGAGCUGUUCUUGACAUAAUAUGGACUUGGUAUUUUACCAAAUGGGGCUAUCUGCUGUAUACCAACCGUACCUUGUCACAACACAACUCAAUUAUCUCAAACUCAUUAAGAAGCAAAGACAUUUCACAAAUUAACUUUUAACAUGACACACCUGUUAAUUGAAAUGCAUUCCAGGUGACUACCUCCAUGAAGCUGAUUGAGAAAAUGCCGAGUGUGCAAAGCUGUCAUCAAGACAAAGUGUGGCUACUUUGAAGAACAUAUUCUGCUUUGUUUAACACUUCUUUGGUUACUACAUUAUUCCAAAUGUGUUAUUUCAUGGUUUUGAUGUCUUCCCAAUAAAUGUACAA